GUUCCUCAAAUGUUUAUCAUGGCGGACGCUCGUUCAGGUUGAGAAUUUCACGCCAGCCUGUAAUCGUUUACGUUUUUGGUGCGAAAAACCUUGGAAAAAGUUCUUAUUUUGACGCUGAAGUAAAGAACUGCCAGGAUGGAUUUCCAGAACCGUGCCGGUGGCAAAACCGGCGGAGGAGGGGUGGCCUCCUGGUCCGAAAGCAACCGGGAUCGGCGGGAGCGACUCCGCCAGCUGGCCCUGGAGACGAUCGACCUGAACAAGGACCCGUAUUUUAUGAAGAACCAUCUCGGUUCGUACGAGUGCAAACUGUGUCUGACGCUGCACAACAAUGAGGGAAGCUAUCUGGCCCACACCCAGGGCAAGAAGCAUCAGGCCAAUCUGGCCCGGCGUGCCGCGAAAGAGGCCAAGGAAGCGCCCUCGAGUAUGCAACCGGAGAAGCCCCGGAUCGAGCCGAAGAAGUUCGUCAAGAUCGGUCGUCCCGGCUAUCGAGUGACGAAGCAGCGGGAGCCGGACAAUCACCAGCAAUCGUUGCUGUUCCAGAUCGACUAUCCGGAGAUUCAGGACGGAAUCAUUCCGCGCCAUCGGUUCAUGUCGGCGUACGAGCAAAAGAUCGAACCGCCAGACCGCAAGUGGCAGUACCUGCUGUUUGCGGCGGAACCGUACGAGACGAUUGCCUUCAAGGUGCCCUCGCGGGAAGUGGAAAACCGAGGAAAGUUCUGGACCCACUGGAACAAGGACACCAAGCAGUUCUUCCUGCAGUUUUCGUUCAAGCUGGAGCCGAAGAUUAUUCCGCCACCGCCGCCAAACAUGCGCAUGCCGCACCCGGGUCGGGCCAUGUUCAAUCCGGUGCCGCCGAUGGGAGUCGUUCCGGUGCCACCGCAUAUGUAACCUUUGUGUGUAAGUAAGAUGAUCUUUUCUUUUUGACUAAAUGGAAUAAUUGAGAUGAGCGUGGGAAAAAA